CCGCUUCCUCGUGAAACAGAAACAACAAGAGCCCUCGUUCCGUCAAAGGCCAACUCUUUUACAGAUCGAGAACUGGGGGAGGAUGGAGGUGAAGGUGUCCGUCAACGGCAUCCAACGCGUCGUGUGCGGAGUCACCGAGGAGACGACGUGCCAAGACGUGGUCCUGGUGUUGGCUCAGUCUCUCGGGCAGCCGGGACGCUACACCUUGAGAGAGAAGUUCAAAGACUUUGAGCGGUGCAUGACCCCCGACGAGCGGCUUCUGGAGACGCUGGGGCGGUACGGUGAGCAGGCCAAGGAGGUCCAGCUCAGCCUUCAGCACAACGGGCCCUCUGCCUCGGACGAAACGGGCAGAGGGAAGGUCGGCCGAUACCAGCCCUGCCCGCCGCUCAGGCGGAAAGACGUGGGCGCCAAGAUGCGGAGGAGCAGCGGCUCCCUGAGCUUGCACCGCCAGAGCUUGCCGCCAUUGUCCAGCUUGAGAGAAGAGGCCGAGCCGAGAAAGGACAACCCCAAGAUGCCAAAAAGAAAGUCUCUGACUCUGGUGGAGGAGGCCUGGGAAUGGCUGGAGAGCCUGGGCAAAGGGAAGGUCUACAGCACGACGGGUGACAAGCAAAGCAAGAAGAGGGCGGAUAAACGGGGCCGCGCCUCUUUGGAUUUGUCCCUCUUCGUCACGAAAGAACACUUUGAUGAGGGCGGCAAAGGCACAGGCAGGAGUCAGAGAAGUUCCAAAUCAGACUUGGACCACCAAACCUCCUGCUGCAUUGGCAAUCAGGCGAGGGAUAAAGGCAAGCGCUCGAAGAAGACCCAGGAGUCCAAAUCGGACCCCAGCGGCUCGAGCUGUGCGGCGGUAGCCGGCGAUGAGAAAAAUCGGCUCAGAGACUCCAUCAUAUGCCAGCUGCUGUGCCUGCAGGACCUACAGGCCCAGAUCACGACCACGGACAAAGAGAUCUUCACCCUGGAGCAAAGGCAGAAAGCCAAAAGAGCCGAAGAAGAAGCCCAGGAGAGGUCGGCCGUGGAGGAGAUGGAGCAAAUACGAUUCUGGGAGAAGGAACUAAAAGCCGAGGAGAGCUACGAGAAAGACUUGCAGCGCCAGUUCCUGGAGAUGAAAGCCAAGGUUGCCGAGUGCAAAGCUACACUGGAGGAGUUCAAGCGCGAAAUCCAGGGGGUGGAUUGUGUUGGCAAUCUGAACGUUGCUCAAGAGGACCCAGAGGUAGUUGCAGACGCUCGCGGAAGAGUUGCCACCGAGAUCCCUGCCGAUUGCAGAGAGGUCGGAGAUCUGGAGGGAUCUGAGUGCGCCGUGGAUGGCGAUGUCAACAGGAAGUUCCCGCCCCAAGAAGGCCGCAGCCCUCCUCAAGUUUUAGUUCCUCCAAAUCAGAUAAAGGAGCGGCGGCCCACCGGCCCCACCGAGCUGAGGGAGUGGUGGAAACGCUGGUCAGAAGCUCAGAAGGCUCAGUCCCAGGAUGAGAAGAAGGUGGUUCACCGCUCUGAGCUCACUAUAUACCUGAGAAGCACCCAGGUUUAGGAGCAGCUGCUGAAAA